GGAAGUGAGAUGGCCGAUGAAGUGGUGUGCGUUGUCAAUAUUGGUUAUGCCAGUUCAUCGUCGAAUGCCCUGGUUGCAAGUCGUAAUAAACCCAAGAAUCACCCAUAGUGUUCGCGUUUUAUCUGAAAUGAACUACAUGUUAUAUCAUUGAUCAAAAGCUUGCUUCCACAAAAUCUAUCUGUACUCUGCAUCGGAAUCAUGAAUAAACAACCAUACCCACUCUCUCCACUCGACCACCUAUCACCACACGUCCACGUCCCCAAACUCCUCUAUUUCUCCUCUAAUUCAACCCCUCAAGCCGUUAUUCAAACACUCCAAGACAGCCUUUCAAAAACUAUAUCAGCUUUCCCUAUACUUUCCGCAUCAGUUGGGCCAUCUCAAGCACUAAAUUGCCAAAAAGGCUCACUUGCCGUGCAAGCUCCUUAUUUCAGCGUCAAUGAUAUCCUUUCGGUGAAGGAUCUCAGUUCCAAAUAUGACUUUCAAAGUAUUCAAGCCAAUGAAUUUCCCACCGAUGCAGUUGAUGGAGAUGUUUUGCCAGAUUUUGUAAGAAAUAACGCUAAAGUUUUUCUUGCACAAGCAAACAUCAUCCGUGGGGGCAUUAUCUUGGUUUGCGCAGUGCAUCAUUGUGUUAUGGAUGAAGCGGGAAUUUUUAAUGUUUUGAAAUUGUGGUCUACAUUCUGUCACGGGGGAAAUGGUCAUGAAUUGGUGACUGAAGAAUGGAUUGACAACUCUGCUUUGUUGCAAGGAGAGGGAACGGGUAGAUUGGAGGAUUAUCCAGAGUACAAACUGCUGCCAGAGGAUUUAUCUUCCACGCCAUACGUUUCGACUUCGUCAGAUGUGGCGGGAACAGGCGUAUUUUUCUUCUCGGACGAUUCUUUGCGACGUCUGAAAGAGCUGGCAAAUGAGGGUUCGAAUGAUUUAUCUUGGGUUUCUACAAACGAUGCCUUGGUUGCACUCAUUUGGUCUAGAAUAACCUCGGCACGUUUAGCUACUUCAAACUCCGUUGACUUAUAUACUCCUUCAUUACUCGUCAUGACGGUCAACGGACGCAACCGUAUUCAGCCGGCUAUGUCCCCUACUUUUACUGGAAAUGUUGUGUUGAUUUCUAAAUCUAUUAGCACAUUCUCUGAUCUGAUAUCAUCGUCUUCAAAUACUACAAAAAUUGGAGCCAUCGCACGCAUCGUUCGCCAAUCAGUGCGUGACGUUGAUGAGGCGAGGGUUAGAGACGUAAUCAAAGUAAUCCAAAAGGUAUCGGAUCUUAACCGACUCGAGCCAAGUGGCUAUCAGUCCUACCAACGCAAUGUUGGAUGCUCAUCUUGGUCGGGACAACCAUAUUACGGCUUGGAUUGGGGAAACAACCUUGGUGGUAAAUGCAAAAGGUUUAGGUGGAGAAGUUUGAAGACUGAUGGAGUCUUUGUCAUUUUCCCGAGAAUUCCCGCUGUUGAGGGAGAGCAAGCUGAGGAGGGAGGUUUGGAGAUUUGCAUGGGCUUGCGGAGAGAAUGUUUGCAGGCAUUGAGAGAGGACAAAGUUUUUGGUCAAUUUGCAGAGUGGAGGUGCGCUUGAGGGUCAGGCUUUGGGGAUGUCAUGAUUAGCUUUUUUUUUUAUCAAGUUGUGGUGUUCAAUAAUCUUAUCUGGAAUGAUGUAAAUCUUGAAAUUAUUGAUUAUAGAGUUGAUGCUGGCAAAUUCCAAAAAAUCACAGAAUCCACCAAUACAAUAACUCAUCUCGUUGAGAUGUACCGUUCAUAUCCUGUUGAAGUGGAUAUAAAAAUAUUCCCUCGACACAA